GCCUACCAUUUGGUAAUUCCCCAAGCAUCUUCAUUUAGAAGAGGUGUUAGUGCAACCAAACCUCUGGCAUCUUCAUUUCGAAGUUGGAGCUUUCGCAACAAUGGCGGAACCACAUGGUGGAGGCAACCACGAUCUCGAGCAGACCUUGAAGCCCUUCUUUCAAAGGGCUUCUCAAGCCGAGGAUCGUUUGUCAAGAUUAGAAGCUGCUCUCUUGAGUAAGAAAGAUGACCAUAACGAAGAACAUCUCAAAACGAUAAGUGAACUCCAGACAAAGCUAGACAGCGCAAACAAUGCACUAAUCGAAGAACGGAAAAAGGCAAGUAUAAUUGGUGCACCAUGUUUGUGUUUCACCUUGACUAGAUGGAAAGGUUCAAGCGGAGAGAUUUCAAGGUUAUUUGAUUCUUUUGCAGGCUGAGAUGGUUGCUGAAGAAAAUGCUAAGCUUCAGUAUCGCAUAAUUCAUCUUGUGAGAACAGCUAGGGAAACCCAUUAAAAGUUGGAGCUUGAAUCACGUUUUUUUUUCUAGUUAAGAGAAUUGGAUAGUUUAAAAUUUUAUACUCUUUUAUAAUUUCCUUUACAGACCUUUGGAAAAUUGAAAUUGCAAAAAUGUGAAUUGAAUUUUUGAUGUCCCAACCUAGAGUUGGAUUUUUUUUUUUUCCAGAUUAUAAGGUCAGGAUGGGGAUGGGAUGAAAGAUCAAACAAUCGAAUUUUAGAAGGAUAGUUGGUGUUCUAUCCAUGGGCUUGAGUAGAUUGUUGGCAGUAAUUAGAUUUUGUUUGCUUGCCAUGUAGUUUAUUUUAUUCAAAAUUAUGUCAUUGAACUGAGUGAUAAAUGCAAUAUAAUAUGUGGUUUUGGAAUCAA